CCGUUUCAAUCGGCCUCAUCACGAGUUCACUCCCUGGAAGCGCUUCGCCCCGGACGCUGCCGCUGCUGCUCCUCCCCCCCAUCUUGAAACCCCAAACCCCACGCCAGGCCCCGCGCCGAGAUUCCGCGAGAUCCCGCCGCCAUGGUGGCCGCCGGGGCCGCGGCCGCCGCGCCCCGGCCCAACCCCUCGCCGUCGCCGCACCGCCGCCGCGCCGCCUCCGCGCUCUCCCCGUCCAAAUCCACCAACGCCAAUGCCGACGCCCGGGCCGCCAGGCCCCGCCCCAAGGCCGUCCCCUCCCGCUACCUCCUCGCGCCCUCCUCCAAGUCCACCUCCACCUCCACCUCCACAUCCACAUCCACAUCCACCACCACCACCACCACCUCCUCCAACUCCACCUCCACCUCGGCCGCCACGCCCUCCCGCCGCUUCGCGUCGCCGCUGCCCAGGCGCUCCUCGUCCGUCGACCGCCCGCGCCCCGCGGGGGGCAAUGCCGCCGCCGCCGACGCCGCGGGGCCCAACGGGGCCACCACCACCACCACCAGGAGCCUCUCCGUCGCCUUCCAGGGCCGCUCCUACUUCCUCGAGACCAGCAAGGCCAAGCCGGCCAUGUCCCCCUCGCCGGUGCGCCGGCCCGCGGCGCCGCCGGUGGCUUCCACCACGCCGGAGAGGAGGCGGCCUGCUGCGGGCGCGGUGCCGGAGAGGGCCAAGGGGUCCGAAGGGGGCCAUACCCACCAGAGGUGGCCAAUGUCGGCACACGGGUUCGAGGGGAACCCGCUCACCAAGAGCCUCGACUGCUCCUUGGACAAGAAGGGCGCUGCUGUCCUGGCCGCUGUCAGAUCGCUGCGGCAGUCCAUGGCGUUCGACGACGGGGUGCGCCGCACCUCGUUUGACAGCGGGGACUACUUGAUGUCGUCGGACACUGAGAGCUUGUCAUCAGGGAGCAAUUCCGAGUCCCAGGAUGCCGGCAAUGGCGUUGCUCACAGAGCACGCCCAUCAACAAAGGGGAUGAGUGUGCCUGCACGCUUCUUGCAUGAUGCUGCUGGCAGCAGGAUGCAUCGCUUUGCAGACCCAGGCACACCCUACGUGACACAUAAUAAUUCUGGAUUGGCAUUGUCACCAAGAUCAGCGCCGGUGAAGAAGUCGCUGUUGAAUGGGUUUGUUUCGUCUCCACUCAACAGACCAGUUAGGCAGUCUUCACCAAGUAAGCUUGUGGGCAAUUCAUCGAGGAGAAUGUCAAGUCCAUCCCGCCCAAGGAACUCCAUGGGGACGAGUGCGUCAACGUGGGAUCAGCAGGGAAGAAAUUCGUCUGGUUACGGUAGGAGGUGGGUUGGGGGUAGUAAGGUUGAUGGGGAGCACCUAUUGAGAAUCUUGUGCAAUAGACAUUUGCAGUGGCGGUGUGUAAAUGCGCAGGCUGAUGCCACACUUGCUUCACAGAAGAUGACUGCAGAGAAAGACCUAUGUGAUGCAUGGAUUACUACCCUAAGCAUGCGCAAAUCUGUUGCUCUUAAAAGGUUACAGCUACAAUUAUUCCGAAACAAUUGGAAACUCAUGACGGUUCUAAAGGGACAGAUGCCAUAUUUGGAGGAGUGGUCUUCACUAGAGAUGGAGUAUGCAGAUUCAAUAUCUGGAAUUGUGGAAGCUCUAACUGCCACCAUUCUGUGCCUUCCUGUCGAUGGAGCAAAGGCCGAUAUCCAAGAUGUAAAAAAUGCUGUUGGAUCUGCAAUUGAUAUCAUGCAAACAAUAGGAAGUUCAAUAUGUUCGUUGCUGGCUAAGCUAUCUGGGACAAGUAUUUUGGUGUCUGAUCUUGCCAGAAUCGCCACACAAGAGCGGUCUCUAAUGGACCAGUCCAGGGAACUGCUGUCCACACUCGCAUCAAUGCACGUCAAGUACUGUAGCCUGCAAGGGCAGCGAGUACAGACAACUCACAGGAGGCUCAAGCACUCGUAGCUGACACUAGGCUUAACUCACUAACCGAAGAGCCUACGUAGGUGGAGCUGCUAUAUCUGAUGGCUUGCUCGGGUUGCCCGCUGAGCGGUAUGACUUUCGAGGAAGUUACCUCGGUCGGUCGAUGAUCGACGCGGUCUAAUGAAGUUCCGGUGCUCUUGUCAUGGUGGUGGUUGGCUAGGUUCUGAUUGGCUAAGUUGAAUAUGCAGUGGUGCAGAACAAAUGUAGGGGCCAACAUGUAUAUAUAGUUGUAGUUCCUUUCUUUCUUUUGUUGGUCUUAUUAGAUGAGCAAUUAGGUCUAAUAGUAGCUAGUUUUAGAUUGGUUUCCUGUUUAUCAGAUGACCGUCCGCGCCAUGGCAAAUGCAAUAUAAUCCUCCACUGGUACUCAGUUCUCUUGUA